AUGUAUUUCAGGGAGAAUAGGGCUCGGGAAGCGCAACGUCAAACAGAUAGCAACUCGACGAGCUUAAUGCUUGUCGUAAUUGUUAGCAUAUUUCUAAUUGUUAAUCUUCCACAAGCACUCUUCAUGGGACUUCUCUGCGUGUGCACCACAUUCGGGAUAUCGCUCAAAUUACUUGAAGGAAUUUUUCCGACAGCCUUUUUGCUUGCAAACAAUAUGCUCGUCAUGGCGACCUAUCCAGUUAAUUUUGGCAUCUACUGCUUCAUGUCGAGCAGUUUUCGGCGCACUUUUAAAACGCUUUUCAGCAGGUUCAUUGGAAAACUUCCGGAUUUCACUUCGUAUGCUCACUUCACUAGGUUAUCAGUCAAAAGGCGCAUGGAUUGCAAUACAUUGGAGUACAAAUCCGAUGAAGCAAGUGCGUACGAUAUGGCUGUUUCGGCAUAUGGCGUUAUUGGUGUUGAUUCUAAAGAUACUAUUUUCUUGUAA